GCGAAUCUCAGUGUGCUUUGUGAUCAAAGGGAAGCAUAAUUUGCUAGCUUUACCCUGAAAUCCAACGGCAAUAUGAGUACUAGGCAAUAUGGUAGACAGCAGUCCCUGGGAUUGGUUACGUUUGGAAAUCCCCCCACUGGGGAAAGGGAGGAACAUACACCUCGGUCUACCCUCUCUCGCAUGUUCAGUGGCUGGAUGACACCGAACAUAUCCAGAACGCCGCACGAUGUUAUCGGCAGUCCUACAGCAGAUGCUGCACAUCUGUUUGUUCACAAAAAGUCGAGCAACCUGAGUCGCUUGUCUAGUAGGUCGUCGACUGCAACGCCGGAUACACCUAAAGAAAACGAAGGAAAGAGUUUCAAGCGGCAGGUUUCCAAAUCACGUUCUCUUAACUCUGUUAGAGAGUCCCAUACACAUGCCGAAAUACUACCCCACAACGAACCGCGAACCAGCGAUUGGGUGAAACAGCGUAUUUUGUCACUGGGAGACAUCUUAGCAACGCGCGACGAUGAGAGUGACCACAGCAUCUACUGGGCCCCCGAUGAUCAGUGUCGUUCCUGUUAUCAGUGCGGAGCUCAAUUCACCACGUUUCGCCGUCGACACCACUGCCGCAUAUGCGGGCAGAUAUACUGCUGGAAUUGCUGUCACAGCCGAGUAGAUUGUAGUACAGUAGGUAUCGAUGAAGUGAUGCGGCUCUGCGUGUUUUGUGAAAAGAUUGUGAAUGAUAGCUCCGCGAGUAUCAAGGAGACAGAGGUGGAUGACGGUAGAGGCAGUGCUUCGAGUGUAGACCAAUUGCCCACGUCGACCUUUCUAUCCAAGUCUGUGUUGCCUCCUACGAGAUUUGAUAGCGACCGAGAGGUGGCCAGUACAGCCCAUCUGUUCAUACCCCCUAGUUUCACGGGAAGUGCUAGGCGCGCGGCGAAGUUGAAGGCGGAAGCUCUGAACGAAGAAAAAAAAAAUGUUGUCUCCAAACCUGUGGAGCUGGAUAUCAUAAUCUCAUCUCCCAAACUAAAUACCAGAGCAAGUGCAAGUGCAGAUGGUAUAAGUGUUGCUUUGCCUCAGAAGUCGGAUACGGGCUCUGGUGGUGUCGACGAAAAUGAGAAGGAGAAAGCAGGGGUGGCGGACCAGUCUGUUGGAGUCAAUGAAGAUAGCACCGGGAUGCACAAAGCGUUGCUAGACGACGGGUCUGUCAAAGGGCUGAAAUCAGAACCUAUGACGGUUAUAAAUUUUGAUAUGGGCAGCGGAAAACAGACUCCAGUAAAACAGACGGCGAGCACUUUAGCAGACAGCAUCGAUGCUAGUCAUAUCCCGGACGACGGCGUCGAUUUGAAGGGGAUCUCGGUCAUAAUGAUGAAGAAUAUCAUUGCCCAUGCGCUCGCAAUCCCUGGGAAGUUCAAGCUUGGCGAUCGUCGUUUCCGUCUCAAGACUUACAGCAAUUGCUUUGUCGCAUCCGACUUUAUCGACUGGCUGCUACUGGGCGAGUACGUCUCGGACAGAGAUGCGGCCAUUGAGCUAGGCGAGCGUAUGGUGUCUCACGACCUGAUUAAAUCCGCUGCCGAUCACGAAAACAGCUUCAGAGAUGAUUAUCUUCUCUUUCGCUUCACUGAUACAGCCACCGCGAAGCCACCAAUUGCAACUCGGUACUCCAUUGCAAACCUGGUGCCGCGACCAUGCAUGCCGAAUUUCGGCAAGGAACCAUCUGUUUCCGAUGGGAUUUACUAUCAACCAGCAGUUCCUAAUCUGCAGCGGGGCAAGGAUACCCUGGACAUGUCUCUGGCUAAACACAGAGUCAAGAGAUCCAAUUCUUUCUUCGCCAAUCUUCCCGGAGUUGACGUGGUACGGUCCUCCUCACUUGACCCUGGUAUCCUAGCAAGCCUGUCAUCAUUGUCAUCUGGUGAUUUGGAUACAGCUAGAUUCAAACCGGGAGUCUUGAGUGAUAUGAAGCAGCAGUUCGGAGGAACAAGUGUUGCGACGGACCUGAGCCGGUCGAAGUCAUCAGCCUUCAAACCAAUGGGGGGGGGACAUUCUAUUAGCGUCAUCAAGCCAAUUCCGUACGUGAAAGAAGAAGAGUCUGUAAUUGGGUCUACCACGUCCAAACUACCUGAUGCCCACGAACAAUCAGAGUCUGCAGUGGAUCGCCUGGUCGAGAGUCACACAAACCGACACAGUCGCACCAUAAGCCGCAACGCUGAAGCGGACAUUCUGCUGCACAAUUCGAGCGGCGAGCCCUUGAAACUAGGACAGAACCCCAGGUUGAGAGGCAAGGAGUUCAAAUCGAAACUAUCGAAUCAGGUACCUGUCCAGCCGAGUACAGGCAUUUCACUGAGAGAGCAGAAAAAAACUGAGGACCAAUAUAUCCGAUUCAUCUCGGAUGCUGUGCGACAGCGCCGGUUGCGGAUGUGCUCUCAGAUCCUGUGCGAUAUGGGCUUAUCCGUGUCAUGGGUGAGUACGGUGGAAAGCCUUGCGCAAGAAGCAGUUGUGCAGGUAAGAACGCCAGCCCUGGGAUCUGCUGACCCAAUGGACAUUCGUCAGUGGAUUAAAACGAAGAUAAUCCCUUACGGUGCUAAGAGCGACAGCCAGUGUAUACACGGCGUGGUCUGCGCACAGCAUCUGGUGCACAAGAAAAUGCGAACCGACAUAACGAAUCCGAGGAUUUUGCUGCUGAAUUCCUCCAUCGAGUAUGAUCAAACACAUGCCAUCACCUCGAUGGAAGACGUAUUCAAAAAGGACCAGCUGCUGAAAAGUUUACAGUUGCAGAUAGAUCUGAUCAAGUGCCAUCGGCCGGACGUAGUAUUGGUUUCUGGGUCUGUGGCGUAUAAGGCGCAGGAGAUGUUCUUGGCCGAGAAUAUAUCUCUGGCGGUGAAUGUGAAGCGGUCCACUCUGGACUUCGUGAAACGUUGUACCGGUGCGGAAAUUCAAGAAUCGAUGGCAGAGAUGCGGGUAUCCAAGACAUCUAUCGUAGGCACCUGUGGGCGAUUCUUCAUAGGCACAGUGACCGCUGGAAAACCUCUCAUGUACUUCACCGAGUGCAAUCCUAGGCGAGGGGUGACGAUAACGCUGCGCGGGGCGGAUGAAGCCACUCUAAAGAAAGUCAAACAGGCACUCUCUUUCAUAACCUUCGUAAGCUAUUGUGGAUUUAUCGAAUCUUUUUACCUGUCCGAUGUCUUCGCGGUGAUUCCCGAGGAUGAACGCGAUAAGGAAACGAUAGCUUGCAACAUCACGGACAACCCAAAGAAAUCACAUCGUGACCGCUUCUGCUCGUUGGCGAAUCAGAGUGUUCUAUCAACCUCACCUAUGGUGGACUUCGACAUUCCGUAUCUGUAUAGCUCAAAGGGAAAAGCGAUGCUCUCUUAUUUCCCGUCGGGUCUGUACACCACCAGACGACUGCAGGCAUCGAACUACCAAACUCUUCCGAUAGAUUUGCGAACAGCCUAUCUAUUAAAGCAGCAUCCGGCGGAGAGAGAGCCAAAGAAGCACCUCCUGUCUAAUCCCCUGCCAAAGCCGUUCGAUGCUGUAAGAACGGACUGGGACAGUCGUUCUAAAUAUCACCCUGGCAAGGACAUUCAUUUCGCAAUGCUUCAUGACGAGCGGCAGCCCAUGGAAACACAAGCGGCUUCAGAUGCCAAUGGGGAGGAAUCUCAAUUCUCAAACCGGAAACUGGCCUCGUGGGACGCACUCAACCCAGCGAUGCAUCAGAGCAUCCAGGUCUUAUACAGCGUCGAGCUCCCCGGAAAUGGCGAGCAACCAGCUCGCAUGUGCCUGAAGCCCAAGAAGAUGGAUUUUUAUUACUAUGGUGACAAAGACCAAAGUUUAGGCUCAUUUCUAAGCCGAUACUGUUUCAAUACGCAUGCGUGUCCAAGCGAGACCUGCGACCGGCCACUAUCGGAACACAAACGGAUCUUUUCUCACCAAGACGCGCGGAUCAGUUUCAUUAACAUUCCAAGUAAUGUUAUUCGCGGACAAGAACAGACACUACUGAUGUGGUCGAUCUGUCAUGAGUGUAUGAAGUACGGCCCGUGUAUACCUGUGUCCGAGGAAACCUGGUGUAUGUCAUUUGGGAAGUUCUUGGAGUUGUCUUUCCACGAGAAGACUCUAGGAUGCCGUGUGACUCAAAUUACAAAUGAAAGUGGUAUGAUGAAGCUGGUUGAAGACAAGCAUUCUUUUCAUCGUAACCACAAUCGCUAUUAUGGACUGAAUGAUCAAGCUGUCGUUGUGCAAUACGAUAAGAUCGACAUGCUGUUAGAAGUUGUGGUACCUCCGACUAUUGUUACUAGUAAACCAGUGCCUCUAAAGUGUGGCGAAUUCCUAUCAGCUGUUGUCCAGCUUCAGAAGGAGAUGCAAAUGUUGUUCGAAUCUCUCAGCCUUCAAUUGGCUUGUUUGUAUGUCCGCGCUCGAGAGUCCGGGUCCCAGACUUUCGCAUCACAUGCCCACAAACUCCUACGCCGCAGUUUCAUAGAAGCCUCACUCUAUGGAAGCAGAGUGGAUCAAAUCGCCAGGCACGCUCACGCUAAGCAUAUCCACGGGCAGUCACACACUGAGAGUGAGCUAGGAGGCACUACCGAUGACUUUGAUGACGAAGACGAAGAAAGUCUGCGCUCUGCACUUCCAGAAGGGACAUACGUAUCAGACUCAAGUCGACAGUCAAGUGCGCUCCAAGAAGGAGAUCAUGUAGACAGCGACGUGAGUAGUCUCAAUGUCAGCCGUAUGUCAUUUGUUGUGUCUACAAACGUGUCUGCGACGGUGUCAUCAGUACCCGUACAAUAUGUUGCACCAGAGGAAAAUACUACAACCAUGACUACCGUCAGUGUGCAUGAAGAGGACGAUGACAGUGGAUUAGAUCAACCUGCAGUCGAAGGGUGGGAGGGAGCAGUUCUGACUGGUUCGAACGCUUCAUCGCGGGGUAUACCAGAUACUGUGAGUGGUGUUGAGGUGGCGGCGAUAGAUACCAACCGCACGAAUGAAUACGACACACCUCGUGAUGCCGAGGUGGGAGAGGGUAUAUCAAACAUGCUGCCCUGUGUGAGGGAAAUAGUCGCUGAUAAUGUCACAGACACAUCGGCCGAUUCCCUACCAGCAAUCCCGAGCAAAGAAAUGACAUCACUAGCAGAGAAUAGCGACUUACAAUGCUCCAGAUCAAAGUCGAUUUCUAGGGACUCGAUGACCCAGGUGAUACCACUAAGUGCCGGUGACCAAAUCGGGAAAGAUACGAUAAACGAGAUUAUCAAAGCACAUCAGCUGGACACAUCUACAAUCUCCGACAUCACAGGCCGUCCUUUCAGAGAAGGGCCGCCUAGUUUAACGCCAGAUCUGAUAGAGGAUAAGGGCGACAGCGAAGCUUCUGCCCAUGGUGCGAAAGUACGAGUUCAUAGUAAGGCAAUCGAAGUAGCCCUUCCAAAUGGAGAAAAGGAGAACGAGAAUGUGCGGGAUCAGCUCUCGCCGCCUCCAGAAGUCGGCGGUGACAAUCCAGCGCUGCAGCGAGAUCUCAUACUCGCGAAGGAACACACAGAAGCGAUGGAACGGUCGAAGAAGUACAUUCAGAUGCGCAAAGCGUCACAGGUCAGCGACGGAGGCAUACCGAUGCAAACCUAUCAUCGAUUCGCUAGUUUGGCCAAUGCGCCCACUACGGUCAUACGCAUACCUACGGAGUCAGAUCACCCGGCGGUCCCAGACGCAGCUGAGUUGGACAGUCCGGGAGUUCGGGCUGGCGAAGAUGAGGAUGUGAGCUUAUCGCCGAAUGCCGAGGAGGUCAGUGGUCCACUCAUUGUUCAAACAUCUCCCGAAGAGGACGAUGACGCGAGAGACCGGAGCUAUUCUCGCGAGCUUCCGCCACCGCUACCAGACUGUGAAUUCACAUCCAACGGGAGGUACCCAUCUGCGCGGUUGAAUAAACCCGCCCCUCCGCAGACGGAUAUCCCCCGUGAUCCAGCAGAAACCCAGGAGGACUGUGUACGCGAGUUACCUCCACCGCUCCCCGCGUCCCCGUCAGAGUCUGAGGAAGAGGAACUUCUGCGCAUGGAACCGCCUUCGUUUCUGUCGGUGGAUAUACAAAAUUACGAUGACGCACAGUUUGAGGGGGAUGAGAAGACACUGCCUGCAAGCGAAGUGACUUCAGGUGAUGGUGCCGAAGAGAUGUUGUCGGACGACUCGUAUCAGAUCCCGGUAUCGGAAACGCGACUACCAGGCAGCCUGCUCAGGCUUGAACCGAUCAAACCAGAAAUGCGACGGUCCAUAUCAGCCGCGUCCAGUGCUGCACUCGCCCUUGAAAAAUUUGAGAGAUCUUCCAUGUCGCUGAGAGCUCGCGCCGAAGAGAGCAACAAUGCGAAGAACAAGAUGCAGCCCUGUGGUUCAGCUCCUCUACCGAGAAGGUUGACAGCCCGCUCUUCUUCUCUCUAUUUACCUCUCCAAGGUACUCAAGACGAGGACACGGGUGACCCUCUCAACGGUACUCAAGACGAAGGCACGGAUGACUUUGGAGAGUUUUCUUCCUAUAAGUUCACAUCUAUCAAACCAUCUCCAACACCUGAAAGGAAGAUGUCUGCGAACUCUAUCUUGGCGAAGGCGAAAGCAAACCUCAAGCCAUUGACCGGAUUUGCAGAACUACUUGACGAGUCGCUCCAUCCAAUGGGGUUUGUGUCAUCUUCUACGCAAGCGCCUUCCGCCGGUCUCAGCCUCGCCUUAGAUGACAGGACAGCGCAACCUCUCAUACGGCAUGCUACGUUCCCUCGAAUGAUGUCGUUAACUUUAGGACAAGGAUCAGACUCAAUCGGUUACCAUAGCCCUGGGAUGCUAGCAGAAGACGCAGCCGCGGGCGUGCCACUACCACCUGCGGUCGACUUGCUUGACGAUGAGGCUAUUUUCGGCGAGCCAAUGGUAACGGGUCCCCCUGCGAUGAAUGUUGUCGACGAUGCUGGCGCGAGUGUCAACCAAAUCUCAACUGAAAGUUCGUCCGAUAUGCCUGCAGUCGCGGGCUCUCCGUUGCUCGGUACUAAAAAACCCAUCGACUCCACCCAAUCGGCAAAACCGAUCUCCAGUGCCGCCGUUCGCUUUCUUGAAAGUGGGGAGAAAGCAUCGGUUGUGGCAGAUGAUAAGGGCGAGAAUCCACCACUAGAGAUACUUCCUGGAGACUACGCUACAAGUCCAGCGACGUCGACAGCGCCUCCUUCGCCUGUACAGGAGCGUGCUGAUACUUUAGAAUCAGAAGCUGCCUACAUUGAGGCCAAAUCUGUGGUUUCGGAUUCUGCGUCCAAGCCCACUCCAUCCUCGAUUGAAAAUGAUAGCACCAUACCAAAGAUUGAGGGGAUCGCUGGGUCGGCAAGUGCCUUGGCAGUGAAACGCAUUGCGAAGAGCGGCAGUGUAUCCGGCAAUGGCGUCCUAUCAGGGAUGUUUUCUCCGGCUCUAAGUCUAAGUGGUUACCUCGAGCACCAAAGUUCCAGAGCAUCGAUGACUGACCGCACUGCCCCUGGCAGUCCUGUCAGCGUGCGGUCUGUUCCUACACAGAGUUGCAUUGUAGACGGAGAAAGUGAAUCGGCAGAGUCAACUAUGUCGGCAGAUCCGCUUACCAUCCAUAGUGAUCUGGAAAGCUAUAAGAGUGCAGAUGUCGAAAGUAAUGAUGUCGAUUUCCAAGAGGCGGGUGUAUCCGAUUCAGAGAGCCUUCAAAAUCCGAGCGACGUUGUGAAGGCCACAAUAAUGAUUGGUGACGUACCCAUUAUCCUCUUUAAUACCCGACGUUUAUCAAAAAAGGUUUCUUUGGCUGAUUUGCGCGGGGAAGAGAUCUUCAAUCCUGACGCCACGGUCACAGACGACGAGUCGCCGCGCACUAUAGACACAAUUUCCGAGAAGGAGGACGAUCAUGAUGAUGAGAGUUAUAUGUUGACCGCACAUACGCAAGGCCGGAGAUCAACCGAUGUAUUGAUGCACGCGGGAAGCGCUGACAGACUGAUUUUCGCUAAGAAGAGCCAACUGAACAGAGACAGCUCGAAUUUACGCAGCAAGGCCUCGAGUGUUAGCCAAACUCACCAGCCUUUUCAACCCACAAAAGUUCUGCGCCGGCAUAGCCUGUGCGAGAAAAACCCCUGCGAGGAGUGCGAAUCGGACAGGGUGAGCAAUCAGGAUGUAUACUUACCCAACACGGAGGCCACGGCUAGUAAAGUGAAUGACGACAAGAUGACUCUACAGAUGGGAAGUUCUACGGGAGCCAAUGCAACUUCAAAGGUGUCAAAAAUCCAAAGUCAAAGAAAACUUUCCGACGAUAUACUUUCAGAUAUUGACAUCGCAAACAAGGAUACAAAAUUGCCUUCUACGGUAGUGGAUACACUUCCGUCCACUUCGAGUCAUGUUAACACACAGAGGGAGGAUGCAGGGCUGGAAAGCACUAUUCUGAAGUCAAUUACAGAAGUGUCGGACGCAACGUCCGCUCGUAUUAGUGAUCAAGAACUCGUGGGAUUACACGUCACUUUGAUGAGCGAUAUCGACGAGUUGGUCAUGUUCUGGAACACCGAGUUGCGACGAGCAUACGCCUCCUCAAUCUCAGCAAAAGAUACUCCCACAAAGUCUCCGAAGAAUGAGGGACACUCCAGAUGGAACACGCCCGUCGAGUUCAUCAACCUACCCUUCGAGAUGAACGAUCCGAAUUUCGACCCGGCUGUGGAACUGGGCACGUCUCCCACCAGCUCGAUCAAACAGGACGCGAGACAGCCAACUAGUUUUUUAAAUGUCGGCAGCGUUAUGGCUGCGGUGCAACGCGCCCGAUCUUCUUCGUACCAGAAUGAAGACGAAAAGAAGAAUGAGGUAGAUAAUGGAACAUCACGUGAUAUGGGACACCUCAGGGGCAAAGAGAACGUGCUACUUAAUUCGGGGUUGAUCACACCCGAGGAAGCCAUCCACAGUAGGUCACGAUUUAUGACAACUGCUCAUAUUGAAGGGUUACAGAGCGAUGCUUACUUCGAAGACUGGAGCGAUUUACUGCUUAGCCCUCGCAAUGACCAAUUCAGUGUUGUCAAUUUCGAUUUAAAUACUAUGGACCUAACACCAAACGCGGUUAUGAGCCCAACAUCCAUCACCAACAAGUCUCCAUUCUGGCGCAUCUCGAGUAAAGUCACGGAACUAGAUGACAGCUUGAUAUCUGCUGAGGCCGUAGCGCUGCUGCCUCGACGGAAAUUCGGACAGAGUCUGGAGGAAGUCACACAGGAAAUUGGGACUCAAACACCGCCGCAAGAACAGCGGGCCCCGGUGAGUUCUCGCAAUUUCGGCUCGCUGAUGUCGAGAAUCAGAGCGGGAACUUCCGAUCCGAUAGCUGCGAUGACUCAUGGUAUCGUCCCGAUGGACAACUUUGUGACAUCCUCAAUUAAUCCUAGGGCUGUGACUAGCACUCCUGCGCGGUUUGAGACAGAUGAAGCGCCAGCAGCCCCAGGGACGGGGGAGGCCUCAGACAUAUAUAUCGAAAUAGGUGAUCAGUCCGACAGCUCAGCAUUGCGCGCUCUUGCAAGUCAACCACCGCCAAUCUUUGCGAUGAAUACGGAUAUCACCCCAAGCAUAUCAGAUUUGGGAAGUCAGAUUGUCCCCAAAAGAUCAGUCUCACCUCGGUCCUCGACCCCAUCCGCCGAACCGCCGCGACCACCCCUCACGCCAAUACCGUCGCAAUCGCAAGAUUUCUACGACUUUAGCCUUCUAGACUCGGUCGCAGCAAAAAAGAUCAAGGACGAUAUGGAAACCCUCUGCCGAUCAAUCACGCGCAAGACCCAGCCGCCUCCAAAACAACAACUGUCCGUACCAUCCUUGUCCAAAGCUCACUAUCAACUUCCUGCCACCGAGCUCCCUUACAUAAUGCUGAUAGACGACGAACCAAGCACACUUAUAGCCUAUUUCUUGGCCUCUAUGCCGUAUCGGAAGAAACUGAACGAGACAAUGACCGUACGCCCGAGAACGGAGUCGAGCGCUAGUGGCUACAACACUGCGGGCAACCCUAGUGUAUUUGAGAAUAGAAGUCCAUCCGCAGCAGGUGGCGAGAAUGCGAAUGCGGCCGAGCCAAACCCAAUGAAGCCAGUCAUGACCAAACAGAAGACAGGCGGUGGGCCACCAGACGCCAGGAAAGCGUCCAGGUUAAAAAAUGUGCACAAUAUUGCCAAGGUAAACGGCGUUAAGGCAGGCGGCUCCGCGCUUCGAGACACUAGCAACGAUCUUAUGAAGCCGAAUUCAGAAGUUUUGGAUGAGAAGGUGACUGGGAGAGCGGAUCGACAAGGAGUACUUAGCAAACUGGAUCUCUCUACUAACACACCCGAGCGUACCACUCAAUUGCGAUACACCAGUGUGUCACCAUCACCAGCGCCCACCACAGCGUACUUCAAGACGGCGUCGCAGCAGAAGAAGUCCCAGGGCAAACAGCCUAAACAUAGUAUCGCCUCACAGGCGCCCGUUCGCAUUCCCUAUACCUCCAUUGGAGGCGUCGAUGCGCCUUCAGUUAUGAAUAUGAUCAACAACCGGGGCCAGUACUCUCCGAAUUCGGGAAUGCUGCGAGUGCCAGCGGAUACCAGCAACGGCGUGGGGAGCGUUGCUAAUAUGCUGGGUGCGGAGGAACCUAUAGAAGACUCUCCUUCAUUCUCAGCCGACGGACAAGACCGCAAAGGUUCAGAAUCUCCGCACAUACAGCUUCAGGUUGUGGACGACACGACUGUAUUUGGCAUUAGAAUAGUCUGGGCGCGCCGAUUCCAUCGUCUGCGAGAGCUGUGCACCGAAGGAGAGGACAAGUUCAUCCGCUCGUUGUCUCGCUGCGCUGUAUGGGAGGCCACGGGGGGCAAAAGUGGGUCGACUUUCCUACGCACAUUGGAUGGAAGAUACGUCUUGAAACAAAUGUCUCGCGUGGAGGUGGCGUCGGUCAUAGAUCUCUCCGAAGCCUACUUGAAGUACAUGUUCGAGAGCAUCAGAGCAAAUCGUCCCACUGUGCUGGCUAAAGUGCUCGGCAUUUACCAGAUAUCGAUGGUGGAUCGGAAAACAAGUAAAACAAGCAAGGUGGCAUUCAUAGUGAUGGAAAAUGUAUUCUACGGACGCAAAAUCGAUGUGGCUUUCGAUCUCAAGGGUUCACAAAGGUCACGAUACGCCGAGACCUCCGACAAAAACGCAGUACUUCUCGACGAGAAUUUCGUAGAAUUCAUCACAGACACACCGAUAUACUUGCGCGGCCACACAAAACUUGUUCUGGAGACGGCUGUUGCGAGCGAUGCGCUCUUUCUGUGCAACAACAACGUCAUGGAUUACUCGCUUCUAAUAGGGAUCAACUACGAGAGUAAAGAACUGGUGGUGGGAAUUAUCGACUACAUCAGGACGUACACUCUAGAUAAGAAAAUGGAGACCUGGGUCAAGUCUAGUGGAAUUCUUGGAGGGAGUGGUAAGAUGCCAACCGUCAUCUCGCCCAACCUGUACAUGAAAAGAUUUCGUACUGCUGUUGAGGACUAUUUCAUAAGGCUCCCCGAUAAGUGGACAGGGAAAACAAUACCUUUGAGUUACCCAGAUCUGUACCGCGACCUCAAGGGGCCCGCUACGGAGGCUACAAACAACACAACACUAUCUCCUGCAGUACAGACUGAUAGCGACACUGCACGUGCUAAGACACAUUCAGCGGGAGAUGAGAAGGAGAAAGCGCGUAUGAUAUAACUGUUUUGUAUUUAUUUGAAACAUCGAAUCUAACGCGAUCAUUCUGAUCCCAUUUAGUAGGCUCAAAUGGUGCCUGAGCUUCCUGGGCUUGUUUGCAAUCUUCAGAAAGGGAAUUAGAUCUUUUUGUGAAUAAAAUGCUUUCAGGAAAUAUGAGGAUCUUCGCAUCCAGCUAGCACACAAUACACCAGCAAGUGCAACAGCGACAUUCUGUCGGCCACAAAUUGCACUGUCAAUCCUAACGAGAUAGGUACUUUCUUUUAAAGUGGCGAUGGCUUCCCGCUCGAUCAAUACCCAAGUACCUUAGCGCCUUUCGGCUUCACUGCGAGCGGCCCGAAAUGCAAUACUGAUUUGUCCACUACAUGUAUGUCAUGUAUACGCAUUUGCAUUUGACGCAAUCACCGGCACACCAGCACACCUCAGAAUUUGACGUCAUCGGGAUACUGAGAGUGCA